AUGUUCCGCAAACCCCGCGAAAAUACUCUCGUCGAUCCUACAUCAACGCCCCUCAAGCCGUCAACCGGCAGAGCCCCCACGCCACCCAACACCACCACCACCCCUCUCACAACCAACACCAUGGCUUCGCGCAAAUCCUCGACAAAACCGCUCACUCCACGCCCCAAUACCAAGACCAAUGCGCCUUCAACGAGCACUAAACAGAGUGCCGGAAAACUAGCCACGAGCACCAAGAAAUCAUUCGCUGAGAAGCAGGGCAAGCCGAACGCCAGUAUCCUGAACUUUUUCAAGAAAGUCGAUGGGCCGCUGCAGGAUGAGAGUAUCUUCUUGGCGGCGGGGAGUAUGGUGGCAAACAUCAAGGCGUUGCCGAAGACUCGGAGCCUGGACGCUGAAGAGGAUUUUGAGGAUCUUUAUGGAGAUGGGGAGGACAGGUUCAAUGAGUCUGGGGGCCCGGUGAAGAAGAGGAAGACUUCGGGGGAUGGUAUGGGAGGGGCAGGGGGUGAUUAUGGGGACUUGGUGGUGGGGAUCCCGGAUACGAAGGUUGGGGAGGAGAGAGUAAAGAGCAGGUGUACGCCGCCGUCGCCUGAGAUGAAGUCUAUUGAGAAGAAGGACAAAUCAAAGCCGAAGCCAAGGAAGAGGAAAGGUCCAUUUCUGUCGGACUCAGAAAGCGAUGGUGAGUUUGAGGAGAAGAAUGAGUAUAUUCAACAGGAAACUGUGGCUGCCGAGAGGAUGGAGCUAGAUGCUGUGGUUUCAAAUCAGCCGAGAGUCAUAAACGAACUGGUCGAGACGAAGCCGGGUUCCCGGGAAGCGGUACGGACGAACAAAACCAUCGUCCCGGUUGUAGCAAAGGUUGUUCCGAUCAAAGUGUCAAAGUCCAAGCCGAAGAUUGAUGUUAAGGAGGCACAAGCGAAAUGGGAGCAGAUGCAGCCGAACACGCCGCCUCCUGAGACUCCGGAUGAUAGUGAAGGGUCGUCAUAUGGAGGGGGAAGCAAAAAAACGAAGAAGAAGACCAAGAAGAAGACCAAGAAGGGAAAGGAUCCUGCAGUUCCUGCUCUAAAGAAAGAAAGCGCAGGUACUAAGGCGAAAAAAAAUGCGUCUGUGCCUUCGCUAAAGAAGGAGAACACAAGCGUGGAUGAAUGGGAGAAGUUCGAGGAUUUUGAAGAUUUCCACGAAGAUAUUGAUGAUGAGUUUGGCGAUGGAGAGGAGGCUGUCGAGAGGAAGUGGAUGGAGGAGCAGGCUAGGCUGGAGGCUGACGAGAUUCGUAAAGAAGAGGAUCUGGGCGAAGACGAAGAGCCGUUCAAUGGCUUCGACCAUGUCCUUGAGUUUGGGCAGUCGGUAGAGGGAAUGACUGCGAAUUGUCCAAUUUGUGAAGCGAGUCUGGAUGGCAUCAGUCCAGAUGAUGCCACGAGGCAUGUCAACGGAUGUCUCGAUGGUAAUCCCAUUCCCUUACCAGAGCAGAUUCAAUCUCCCAAAAAGCCAGAGCCGAGUAGAGCAGCAAAGUCGAUCCCUGCAGGAGCAAAUCGUUUUGCCCGAAAAGCAGCAAUAGCCAGACCAGGGCAGGCAAACCCCUUUGAAGUCGCCCCUACAGCAGCAGCAACCGCCUCCUCGGCCUUCUCGAAGCUUAUGUCGGGCCAUGCUGAAGAUGCAGCUUGGGCGAACGCUGCAGCUGCGGAGACUAAAUCCAGAGGAAAGCCGGCUUACGAAAGGACCUGCCCCUUUUACAAGAUCAUGCCUGGAUUCUUCAUCUGCGUAGAUGCUUUCAGAUAUGGUGCUGUACAAGGGUGCAAUGCCUACUUUCUGAGUCAUUUUCAUAGCGAUCACUACAUUGGGCUCACGUCUACAUGGUGUCAUGGCCCUAUUUACUGUAGUAAAGUGACUGCGAAUCUUGUCAAGCAACAACUUCGAGUUGACCCAAAAUACGUGGUUGCUCUCGACUUCGAAGAUCGCUUCGAGAUUCCAGGAACUCAAGGAGUGGCUAUCACUAUGAUUCCCGCGAAUCAUUGCCCAGGCAGCUCCCUCUUCCUGUUUGAGAAAGUCAUCGGCAAAGGAGCCAAUCCAAAGACCCAACGAAUCCUCCACUGUGGCGACUUCCGUGCCUGCCCAGCACACCUCGCUCACCCUCUCCUCAUGCCAGACGUUGUCGAUUCCAUCACUGGUAAGACGAAACAGCAAAAGAUCGACGUCUGCUACCUCGAUACUACCUACCUCAACCCCAAGUACUCCUUUCCCUCUCAAGAAGAAGUCAUCAAAGCCUGCGCAGACAUGUGCGUGUCCCUCAAGAAGGAGCGCGCCGAAGAGACCGACGCCUGGGAAGUCGUCAAGCGCGAGCGUGCCGGGGCUGGCAUGACCAAAUUCGUCAAGAACUCUACCAUCAAAGCUGAAGACGACAGCUUAGCCAUGUCUCUGUCUUCCAAAGACGCAAAAGCGCGCGGCAGGCUGCUGGUAGUGUGUGGUACCUAUAGCAUUGGUAAAGAGCGCAUCUGUAUGGGUAUUGCUCGCGCACUCGACUGCAAGAUCUGGGCCCCGCCCGGCAAGAUGAAGAUAUGCAAGGCGCUGGAAGACGAGGAGCUGAUGUCGCGCAUGACCACCGAUCCAAAGGAAGCGCAGAUUCACAUGCAGAUGUUGAUGGAGAUUCGGCCGGAGACGCUGCAGGAUUACUUGAACACAUACAAGCCGCAUUUCAGUCGCAUCGUGGGCUUUAGACCGAGUGGGUGGAACUAUCGGCCCCCUGUUUCUCGCUUUAUAGCCUCCCCCUCCAUCUCAACCAUCCUCCACUCUCCCAGUUGGCAUUCCUCCUUCUCCAUGUCCGAACUCGUCCCCCAGCGCGGGAGCACGCGCGAAGCUUCCUGUUUCGGCGUCCCGUACUCCGAACACUCGAGUUUUCGCGAGCUCACGAUGUUUGUGUGUGCGUUGCGCAUCGAGAAGGUGGUGCCGACCGUGAACGUGGGGAGCGCGCCGGGACGGGCCAAGAUGAAGGGGUGGAUCGAGAGGUGGAUGGCGGAGAGGAAGAAGAACGGGGUUGUGAAGGUGGGAGAGGGGGGAGAGGGGAAGAGAGAGAUCAAGUGGUAG